UCAGCCUUGGAGUAGACCAGUAUCAGCAGAGGUUGAGUGUUGACCUCAUAGAUCGCUCCUCACCCUAUGUUGUUAAGCAUGUUCAAAUGUUUGCAGAUUUUAUCUGAAACUUGAAUUCUAUUUAUUUUAUAUGCAAUACACUUUUCAGGAAGCUGUCUGAAUUUUGGUGCCAGUUCUCAUUGUCGAUUUAUCCAAGCAAAAGUUUUUUGGAACGCUAAAUCAGUCUUUCCUGUUCUUUGUUCCUAUAAUCUGUAUUUAUGGAGGGAACUUGUUGAAGACUUACGACCGUUCAUGUGAAAAACCCAGUUACCGGUCUAUGGCCUGAACUCAUAAGGAUAGAGAACCGGACUCAUUACUGCUUAUCAUGUACUAUUGUGUUUUCUAAAUUUAGAAUAUAAAGAGGUUGUGUUCUAUUAAGUGAUUUAGUGGAAUUUACCAAUCAACACCUUACCUGCUCACCUGAGUUAUUUGUGCAAAUUCUCUGCGUUGUUUGACAGCCUGUGAGCCAAUAACAGAAACUUGUUGGUCUCCGCAUUUGGACUUUUUAUUAUUUGUAAAUGAUGGGUGAAAAGAAAGACUUAUCUGUGGAGGACGGGUUACAAAAAAACAAAAUUAGCAAUGCUGAAAUGAGGUGUUCACGCUUCUCCCCGAAAAAUCUUCUUUUAUUCGUGACCAUAUUCGCAUUCAUCACAGCGCUAUUACAUUUUUACCAGCGAUGCGACUUGGACAGCCACGUUCUUGAGCUAAAACGCAAACAAGACAAGUCAGACCAUCUCCCUGUGAUCGGUUUACAAGAAGAUCGAAACCCGUUUCCAUUGCAAGAUCUUGACGCGAACAGGAAUUACAAGGAUAUUGAAUGUUUGAUAAAUGAUGACAUAACAAUACCGGGACGGAGAGAGGGAGACGAGGUGUAUUUACCUUUCUCGUUCAUACAAAAGUAUUUUGAUAUCACAGGGAAAAUUGCAGAGUAUGAUGGGUUCGAACGGUUUGAGUGGCAGCAUAGUUAUGCCCGUGUGUAUCAGGAGAAACCGUAUGAUCACAAUGGCGUUUUCAUGUCGUUUAGUCAUUACAACGUGGAACAGCGGGACCGUGUGAAAAUGAUAUGCGGUGUAGAAGGAGUUCCAAUGACCACACAGUGGGAUCCAGCUGGUUACUUCUAUCCCAUUCAGAUUGCUCAAUUUGGUUUAAGUCACUUCAGCAAGAACUUGACCGAAAAGGAACCGCGAGUUAAAGUUUACGAGGACGCUGACACAAAUACACGUAAUUGGGUCCCUGACAAAGACAGCAAAAUUGAACGAGUCUUUGAUUCAGAGAGAAAAUCAAAUGUUUUGAAAUUUGAGACGCAAGGAACAAAUCAAGCUCGUGGUCCGUCGGUUUCAUUAAAUUCAAAAGGCGAUUAUGUUCUGACAUUUGAUUUGAAAGUUGUACAUAACGUCACUAUCACAGUAAGCGUUGAAACCGUUGAGAGAGAGCGACCGAUGCAUUUGCACUACGCAUCUCAAAGUGCACCAAUUCUACUGAAAGGUUCACACAUUACAUACAAUAUCGGUGAAAAUCAUUCGUGGAGGACGAUAAAUCGAGACUUAGUUGCUGAUCUACGAAAAGGUCUAGCAUUAAACAAGUCAAAAGUUAGCAAGAAAAUAAACAUUCGCAAAGUACUAAAAAUAAUUUUACACGGAAAUGGUUAUCUUGACAAUUUAAAAAUCUCAACCAGCAACCACAUGGAAAAUUUUUACGCAUCGGCAGAUUGGUUCUUACGCAAUCAAGAUAAAAAUGGAGGUUGGCCAAUUAUGGUCACAAGGAAACUAGAUGAUGAUCUAAAACCCUUGCCCCCAGGUUGGUACUCUGCGAUGGCGCAGGGUCAUGCAAUAUCCGUCCUUACAAGAGCAUACACCGCUACACAUCAACGCAAAUAUUUAGAAGCUGCUCUUCAUGCCACAAAACUUUAUACAAUACCGUCAGUUGAGGGUGGUGUUAAAGCAAGAUUUCUUGAUACUUACAAUUGGUACGAGGAGUACCCAACCACGCCGAGUAGUUUUGUUUUGAAUGGUUUCAUUUAUUCGUUAAUCGGACUUUAUGAUCUGAAAAAAAUUGCUUCCCAAGAAGAAGGGCGUGAUGCAACUCAUUUAUACAAUGAUGGGUUGAAGUCGUUAAAAGCUAUGAUUAUGAUGUAUGAUACAGGAUCAGGGACUAUUUACGAUCUCCGCCAUGUGGUUCUAGGAAAAGCACCGAACUUAGCACGUUGGGAUUACCACGCUACACACUGCCAGCAGUUGAUGUUAUUGGCGAGUAUCGAGAAAGACCCAAUUUUUGAUGCAACAGAGAAACGAUGGAUGGGGUACAUGAAAGGAAAACGUGCCAAACACAACUAAGGUUUUAUUCCUUUUACAGCCAUUUGAUAGUUGUCUCAUGAAGGUCAGGAAACAUAAACGAACAAAUCGUAUGGCAUGUGUAAUUUCCUGAAUUUAAGAAAGUGUUAUUAGCAUUUAUUGAAAAUUGGUUUCAGUAUUCUGCUGUUAGUGAAGUAUUAGUCUAAUAACAGUUUAUUUAAAUGACGACAUUGUAAGCUGUAUGAAUGUUUGAUGACCUUUGACAUGGACAUGCAUAAUUGAAACAACAAAGGUUUGAGAUGUGGUAUGGGCCAUAAAGUCUAUCGUAUCCCUUGAUAGGUAAUUCUAUUAUUGAUAAGCGAACUUGACACAGAACAAAAUUUAAAAGAAGAUGAACUUAAAUUAUAGAAUAGGAAACACUGUAGAUUUAAACGGGUGACUUCUUGUCAAGGGCCAUUUGGAGAAAUCAUCUUUAUAUUUGUACUCAGACAUGCAAGGUCUUCCUGUGGUUAUGCAAGAGUCUUCUUUUAUAAGAUCAAUACUUAACGCCAGAUUGCGAAAAAUGUACAAUUUAAAGGAAGAGAUAAAAUCGAAAAACAAUAAAAUAUGUCUUAUAUUUGGGACUGGAUGUGUCAAGUGAAAGUUAUUAUAUGUAAUCUCAAACCAUUAUUUAGUUAAUAAUCUUGGUAAAUUAUUUAGUUUCAGUUACUGUAGUCCAAUAAAUUUAUUAUUUUAGUUUCCUUUUCUAUAAAAAAGCAGAUUAAAAUUUUCACUUCUAUUUCCACUUUUCUUUAGUGCUUAAUUUUACUGAUGAUUUCAGUUCAAACUUUAUCAAUAGUUUUAAAUUAUUGUGACAAUUACUUUAAGUUUUUAGUUCAGUUACACUUUAAUUCCAAUACUUAUACUUUUAAUAAAUAUAUUAUUUUUAAAUUCUCUACAGUUGUUUGUUUCUCGUUUAAAAAAAAUAAUUUUCACUUCUAUUUCUUUUGAUUUUGUUUUACACUUACCAUUGAGCUGCAAGACAGCUUUUAGGUUUUACUAGUGAUUUACAUUAAGACUAUAGAGGGAGCUGUAUAACAGAUCUAGUACAAUCUGUUAUGAAUUAUUGAUCAAAUAUGAUUUUAACGUGUGAUUAUAAACAAUUAUGUUUGACUCUUAGAGAAUCAGAAGGUGCUCUGAUAAAAUAAUUACAAGUAAUUUUGUGAUUCUAUGAACAGAAUAAAAAUAUGAGUACAAGGUUUUAUACUAAGUUUGUAAAUAAAGUGUUUACCAUAUAAUUGUAUUUAUUUAGUUGAUAUUGUUAUCUAACUAUAAAUGUUAUAUAGAAGUUAGAGUGUAUAGUUUUUUUUUAUAGCACUUUGUAAUAAAGAAAAAAUAUGUCAUUAAAAGGAUAGAGAUGCUUUUUAUAGGACAUAAAAUAACUACACACAAGCAACUUUGAGAAUUAAGUUGCUGUAUUAAUUUUUUAUUUAAAUUCAAGAGAUUUUUUGAAAGAAGUUCUGGUUAAUAUCUGUUAAUAAUUUUGAUAAUAUUCACAAAUUAUGGAAAAGUCAGUGGUAUAUACUGAGAGACAGUCCAAUGUUAAGCCGAAUCACCUGCCUGUGCAAUUCCAUUUGGUUUGCAACGCGACAAUGUGUACAAAACGAAUCGUUUUUACGACAAUCAGUGGACGAUGUCAGCACUCAUAGGGAUUUAUUCAUCAGCCAACGGCCGUACGAUGCCAUGUGUGCCCGACCUUAUAAAAUACAAUUGGCAACUUACAUUAAUUGUCCGAUAUAAAAUGAAAGAUAAUUAUUGAAAGUAUUACACUUGAAAAUAUUUUUAAAAUGUAUUGUUCUGUUGAUUUAAUUUGAUAUUGAAGACAAAAACUUUUAUUACAAUAUAAUGUGAAUACCAAGAAAUCGUCAUUAUGAUGUGCACGUAAUCUUAAAUACCAGUAUUCAAAUUUAAAUAAUAAUUUUAAAAACAUUCUUUAUUUGGUGCUAUAGUAGCAGCUGUUAUUCUUUAGGAAAUCAAGAAUAAGUUUUUCAAAAAUGUUUUCCAGAAAUUUAAGUACAUAUAAUUUGAAGGAAAUAAGUGAUAUCAAAGGACAUUAGUUUCUUAAAAAUAUCCCAUACUGCUUCAGAAAUACUGUAGCAAUAACUUACAAAGUUGUUCAGCAUACAUAAAAACGGCUUCCAUUUUUAAAGAUGAAUUUGUAAAGGGUCCUAUAUUGCAGUACCUCCAUUUGUGGUACAUAAUACAGUAGUUUUAUGUCUGCUACCGAUGCGAGGCAAAACAAUAAUUUCCAAUUUAACAUUCCUUUGAACUGCUCACUGACUUUUUUGAGUGUAUGCUGCCCCGUAAUAUGAUUCCUGAAGGAUCCUACUAAGGGAUAAUAUGGUACUCCAUAUGGAAUUUGACUUAAUCCCAUAUAAAACUGGUAUUCCAAUAUUCAAUUAAUUAUUUAUUUAUUUAUUUUCACUGUUUUUCACGGUAGUUACCAUUGAAAUGUAAUUCAAUAAUCAGUCAUUCUGUUUGUGAUUAGUUGGUUGAAUAUUUAAAUUAAGCAGGUGUUGCUGUUGAAUAUUCAUGAUUACUCAGGUACUGUAGUUUCUUUACCAUAUUUUUCCAUAUGAAAUUAUUGCAGAUAACUGAAAUUCUACAACAUUAGAAUUUUUGUCUCUUGGACUCCCUAGCAAAGUGGUCAGUACCGGAUACAUUCUUCCGAUGCUGAGUAUCAAGAGCAUCACACUCUGCGAGUACUACCAAUCUUUUGUGCUUGUAUUAUAGUUAAAUAGUAUACUUUGUAAUUAAAAAAUUAUAUGAUUUUAGUCGCAAUGGCGACAUGAAUUUAGUCUCUAUGGUGACAUGUAUAAUUCUAGUCUCUAUGGCUAUGUUCAGACACGACUUACGCUAGCGUAACGUUAAUCGAGUGGUGUGAACUUGUGCGAGGCGUAGCGAACGCCAGUAUUAUCGCGCAAUCACUAGCGUACGGUAAUCCAGCAGCAGACCCCAGAUUAGCAUACACCACUGAGUUACGACAGUCAUGCAUCAAUGAUUUUGAACUCACCCAGGACUUGACCAAUCACAAUAAGCCUAGAGGAAAUAAAACGCGCAAUUACGAAUACAAAUAUUUCGCCCAAAUACUUACGCUAGCGUUCAUUAAUCGCCCAGUCUGGACAUUUACGCUAUUUACGCCACGGAUGUACGCUCUGCGUUAGAUACGACUGGCGUAUCUCUCAGGUCUGAACAUAGCCUAUGACUGUAGUAACAUGUAUUAUUUAGGUUCCCAUGAUAACUUAAUUACAAUGAAAUAUUAUAACCUGACUUACUGUAGUUUCUGAAUCUGCUGUUUAUCACUAUGAACCAACUUGGUCUAUGUGAUACCAUGAUUUAGUUAUGGUAACAUUUAGAUAGUUUUAUUUUUAAUUUUUGCAAAAUUUAGGAAGGUUUUAGUGUGCUAACAUUUUGCUACUUUUCUAUAUACCAAUUUCUGAACUGUUUUCUUUUCACAGUCAACUUAGAAAAAUGAUCUCAGCUAUUUCUUUGAACUUUGACCUAAUUGUGUGUUCCCGGCACAUGUAUAUAUUUGAUGUGUGCUAAUUGGUUGAUAAUGUGCAGUGACAUACAAUCAUGUUUUAUUUCUUAAGAAAUAAGUUCUUUUCUUCUAAAUUCUGCAUUCUAAAUACAUCCUUAAAAUGUAAAAAUAUGUUUCCAGUGGUAACAAUAUUAAAAACUGAACAUGGGAAAACUAAUGUGAAAAUAAGAAUAGACUUUUUUCAAUUCCAUAAAGAGUAAUUGUUAGAUGAAAUAUAAAUAAAUUUGAUUACAAUUAUACCAAAUACUUGAUAUGUAUUUAAACAUUUUUAUAGUUAAAUAAAAGACAGAAAACCGAAAA